ACUGGUUCCAAGGCUGUGCUCAAGAUGCCCAACAAAGAUAUCCACCUAGAACGAUACGCGUUGUAUCGAUUUCGGCGUCCUCCAUAAUCGUAAUCGCGUUUUGUAUGCUACCUGACAAUCGAUGAGUGAUUAUUGCAGAUAUUGCCACGCUCAAGAUCGCAUCCGAUCGCCUGAUCCCGAAUGCUUCAACAGUGGGUCGAAAGGCCAUAUCCCCAUUGCAUGUCCACAACCACUAAACAGCUAUCCCCGCAAAGCACCCAAGACGAACCAUCCAACUGCAUCAUCAUCUUCGCGCGAGAAGAAAGUCCAGGGUGGCUCGAACCAUUCCGAUCAUAAGGCAACAACACGAGCUCAAACCAAAAACAAGUUACUUGAAACUCGAAAGGAUCUCCGGCUUAUGGUGAAGGUUCCUAAACACAGAAAACCGUGGAGAUCGUCGAACAUGGAAAGGAACUAAAGACACCACCCCAACGGU